GUCGUGACGUCACCGCGCGUUCGGGUGCGUUGCGCUGCGCCGCGCGCGCGGCCCGGGGUUUUUACCGCAAUGCAUCAGUGCGAGCGUCACCCAGAACCGCGCAGAAUGGCGAUAAACACCGACAGAUCUCCGUUUACCGAUCGCACGCGCCAGUCUGAUGCCUGAGGAGUCUACCGCGGAGGCAAGUUACAGUCUGCUUGAUGCGCUGCGUAUGAAAAUAUUAAUAUGAAUGUGAAUGCGAAGCGCGCUUUGUUUAGAUGUUAAUUCAUGUCAAAGAUGCUCAGAUGAUCUAAACACAGCUGCUGUUGAUCUCAGGUCAUUGAUUUGAUUUUAAAGAGUCAGUAGCAGUAAGGCGGAGAGUCGGGGCCCUUGGCUGAUUCAGGAGCCGCUGGCCUGGUUUAGUACACUAAACAUCUUUCUGAAGCAGAACCCCUCAGAUGCUGCUGGUCUAGUCGUCUGGCUCGGUCACAUGACUCUUCUGAAGGUCUCCUGAGCGGGACAUGAAGAUCCAGCACUAGAGAAGAGACAGAGAGAGAGAGAGAGAGAGUGUGUGUGUGUGUGUGUGUGUGUUUAACUGCUGCUGCGAUGAUGAUGAAGAUGAAGAUGGACCUGGAUAUGAGACGUCUGCUGCUCCUGUGUGUGUUCUGCGCGCUCUCCGUGUCUCUGUGCAGCGGCGCCUGUGCCGAGGUGGAUUCGGACACGGAGGCCGUGGCGGGAGGGCAGUUCAAGCUGGGAUGCAUCUCCUGUAAGAUGCGAGGAGAGGUGGAGGCCACGGCCAUCGUCGACUGGAUGUUCAGGGCGCGAGGAGAAGCCGACUUCAUGCACAUUUAUAGCUACGACGGCGAGUCGGCUCGGAUCAUCGACGAGCGCUUUCAGGAUCGCAUGGUGUGGCACGGCAGCAAGAACACCUUUGACCUUCAGGACGCGUCUGUGGACCUCCUCAACGUCACCUUCAACGACUCCGGCACCUACCGCUGCGUCUUCAACCGCGUGCUCAGCUACGAGCACUACGAGUUCUCCACCGUCGUCGAUAAAUUGGUGCACCUCACCGUGGUGGCCAAAGCCACGCGCGGCACGGCGUCCAUCGUGUCGGAGGUCAUGAUGUACGUGUCCAUCAUCGGCCUGCAGCUCUGGCUCCUGGUGGAGAUGAUCUACUGCUACAGGAAGAUCGCCGCGGCCGGAGAGGAAGCGCUCAGAGCCAGCGCUGCGGAGUAUCUGGCGAUCGCGUCCGAGAGCAAAGACAACUGCGCCGGCGUGCAGGUAGCAGAAUGAGUUAACUAGCACAGGUUUCUCCGGGACGCCCUUCCUUCUGAACUGCUGUCACUGUCUCUGUUUUUAUAAGCGUUUCUUACCUCUUCCUCCGCAUGACCUUUAUAUGCUAUGCAUGGAUAAAACCCUCACAAUCCACGGCAAUACUCCGAUAGAGACGCAAUACACUGAUUUUGCACUAGAGAUCAGUAAAGAGCAAGCAGUCUUUGUUGAUCUUGCCGCACAUCGAGGCCAUGUCUAUGUCUAUAUAUACAUAUAUCUAUACUACACAUACUAUAAGACCAUCUGAGAGCCAAACGCCAUGCAAUGCUACGGUUGCAUGAGCCGAACGUAAAUGCGAACGCAGUUUCUAUACAUUUCUACACCGAGAGGAAACUCAUCGAUCGCUCGAGCUCGAGAGAGUUCCUGACUCGUAGUUGUUGUAUAAUCCAAGUGCAAUAUGAGAAUCAAACUCUAGCUCUUGAAUGUAGCAAGCACUCGCUGAACGUGUGAAAUGCAUUGUGGGUAAGCGCAUUAAGACACCCGAUCGCUCGUCCCGUCCCGUUGUGUGCCGUUUUAAUGCAUGCCCACACUGCAGACGAUCAAUGCCAGGAUCCUACUCGCCCUCUCUGUCCGAUGCGCCUGAUCUAAUGUGAGCAUCUGUGGGAAACGCAGAAGUGAAUGCUGGGAAACGCAGGGCUGGUGGGCGGGAGUGCGGAGAGAGAGAGAGAGAAAUGUGCAAAUUAAAUGAGCUCAAAUGAA